AUGUCUACCAGAUCUACAGUAUCGUCGCUUUACAAGCGCUCCCUCAAGCUUUCCCUGGACUGGUGUGUACACAGGCAUCUCUGGAGAGGGCAAGCAUUGUAUAUCAGAUCGUUAUUCGAGGCGCAAAAAAAUGUCCACGACCCAAGAUUGCAGAGGGCAUUGUUUAAAGAGACGGAGGAUCUACUUGAGAAGUGGAAGCACCCAGAUCCAUACCGCCCACCUACUGCCCCUGGAGGAUCGAAAUACGAGCGCAAUCUUCCAUCACCAAUUCUCGACCCUCCUCCAAAGAUGGCUUUGUAA